AUGGGGCGUGGGCGAAGUGGGAAGGGUGGGAGGCCGGAGCCCCCAGUCCAAUGGGGAAGGCAGGAAGGCGACCCUGGCCUCGCUCUCGAGCCCGCAGGUGCGGCCCCAACCCCUGUGUGGCCUGGGCCGGCCGCUGGCCUCGGGGCCGCGGGUUCCUCCACGGUGCACGGGGGCAGGCCCUGCCCUCGGGGGUGGUUUCAGUCCCUCUCGAGCACGCCAGGUCCUGGCGGGCCGGGCAGGGGCAGAGCCAGGAUCCAGGGCGCGGGUUCGAGCAGGCUGAGGUGUGGCUCCCCGCGGUCCCCGCCCCGCUCCGAGUCAGCACCGCCCCGCGCUGGGGUGGCGGGGCCCAGGCCGACCAUCUCCUCGAGUUCCCCUCCCUACCCCCGGCGAACAGCCGGGUCUUAUUACCGCCCCUCCACCCCCAGCGUGCCGGGGGGUCCCGCGGCCGGGGUAGAGGGGGAGGGCCGGGCUAUAAUCAAUCCCAGGCCGGAAAUUCCUCCCGAGGGGCCGGGCCAGGCCUGCGGGUGUGAGGGGGAACGGGGCGCGCAACCAGGAAACCAGCCCGCACCCCCCUUCCUCCGAGCACGCCCCCCGCAUCAUGGAAACUGGGCCGCGGGCCCGACCCCCGCCCGGCCCGCUCCGCUCCACAUUCUUGCCUCUAGGGGCGGGCGCGUCGCGAGGGCUGGGCCGCCCCUUUCAGGCCCGACAGCAGAGGGAGCGCCAAAGACCUCGGCAUCGGCAUCCCCACCCCCGCUGUAUUUGGGACCAGCGCCGCCUCUCCCCCGGCAGCCUGGACGCAUCUUCUUGGGGGAGGGUGGGGAAGUCGAGGCAUGA